UCGUGAAAUAUCCAGUCGUGAGUUUCGGUUGUGACUGAAUAUACAAAUAGCAAUGGCUGCAAAAGGCAACAUAUUUAAAGAACAGAACAAAGUGCAAUAUGGAUGGAAGUCUCUUAGGUCACUUUCUGCAGAUAUAAGUAAUAAUGAAGACUUUGUACAGAAACUGAAAUUGGACACCAAGUUGACAGUGCAUGACGGCUGUGUGAACACUAUUUGUUGGAAUGACACUGGCCAAUAUAUUUUAUCUGGAUCAGAUGACCAGUUUCUCAGCAUUACUGAUCCUUUUUCGAAGAAAAGGCUGACAUCAGUUAGAUCUGGACAUAGAUCAAAUAUUUUCAGUGCCAAGUUUAUGCCUCAGUCAAGUGAUGCAAAGAUUGUUUCAUGCUCAGGAGAUGGUGUGAUAUUUUAUACAGAUAUAUUAAGGGAAGAUUCUUGGGGAUCCAAUUCUUUUAACUGCCAUUUUGGAACUACAUAUGAGCUCCUCACUCUGCCCAACGACCCGCACACUUUUCUAUCGUGUGGAGAAGACGGGGCAGUGCGCUGGUUUGACCUCAGGUUGAAGACAUCAUGUAGGAAGGAGAGCUGUAAAGAGGAUAUCCUGAUCCACAAUAAAAGAGCUGUGAGUGCCUUGGCUGUGGACCCUGUUGUUCCAUAUCACUUAGCAGUGGGCUGUGCCGACAGCACAGUGAAGAUAUUUGACAGAAGAAUGCUGGGUACCAGGCUUACCAGUAAGAUAGAGAUUUAG